AUGACACCAAUUGGCCAACCACAAAUGAUGGGGGCCAACAUAAUGCCACAAAUGAUCAAUCAAAACGCAGUGAACCCAAAUCAACAACAAGAAGAGGUCAUUUUACAAACUGUCAUCGCUUCACACGAGUUUGUCAGACUGUACUACGCCCUAUUUCAAAGCAGAGUCGACGAAUUGGUGAAAAUGUACCACCCAAAGGCCGUGUGUAAUUGGAACGGUAACUUUUUCAGUGGGCUUGAAGCAAUUAAAGCACAUUUGAUCUCCCUCACGCCAGGGAAGUAUACCAUUGACACAUAUGACUCUCAACCUAUUGGGGAUGUAUCUCAAACGGGAUCACUCAUGUUUGUCGUGACUGGAAAUGUGUGUUAUAACGACAACGAGAAUUCAAAACGAGAGUUUUACCACCAAUUCAUCCUUUCGAAGUCAAACGACAGCACGUGGUAUAUCAUCUCUGAGAAUUUCAGGCUACUCAGAUAA